GGACUCCGAUACACGUAGCUCUCGCUUCGUAAAGUGUCGCACUCAGAAUAGACGGAUACCUAAGGUCUCUUUCGAUAUGAAUCUCUCAUUGUACAGCGUCAAUGCAUUUCUCAUUUUAGACUCGGAAGGACACCGUGUCUUGGCCAAAUAUUACCGACCCAAGAGCCAUCCACAGGGCGAGUCCAAGGAUCUUCUUACGCUGAAAGAACAACGUGCAUUUGAGAAAGGUCUAUGGCAAAAGACCAAGAAACCAGGAGGCGACAUCAUACUGUACGACUCUCACCUCGCAGUCUACAGACACUCCCUCGACCUCAUUUUCUACAUAAUUGGUGGAUCUACAGAAAAUGAGCUUAUGCUCUACUCUGCUUUGGUCGCCUUUUCCGAUGCAGUCCACAUGCUUCUUCGAAAUCAAGUCGAGAAACGCGGGGUACUAGAGAACCUUGAUCUUGUUUUACUCUGUCUAGACGAAACCAUAGAUGAUGGCAUUAUAGUAGAGACAGACUCGACGACCAUCGCCUCGAGGGUCAGUCGUCCAAAAGCAGACACCACCGAAAUCGUGAUAAACGAGCAGACAAUCAUGAGUGCUUAUCAAACAGUGAAGGAGAAGAUGCAACAAAGGAUAAACCAGCUAUAGAUUUAUCUUCCUUUACAUCAUAUCUUUACUCCUUCAGUUGACUCGGUAUGACACGAUCGAGCCAUCAUACACUAUACCCUUACAGACC